UAAUUUUAAUUUUGGCUUGAAUUUCUCACGCAAGGAGGGAAUACAGCAGCUUAUGCAUCUGCUUGAGCUCACUUCAAGUCCAGAGUUCUUGCGGCUUUUUACCAGCAUGGCCAUCAGGACGUAAUCUCCGGGUAAACGCUGGUUAGCUUGCAUUGAUGGCCGUGGGAUCUCUGAAUCUUUUUCCCAGUGCAGAUCCAAUUUUAAGCGCGGUUUAGCUCUUCCACUUUGAAGCUCUGCAAUUCUAACUUCAAAAGUUAUAACCCUCAGGAGGGCUUUGAAUCCUUUUCGGACUCUGUUUGGUCCAUUUAAUUCUAUACCGUGUUCUUUAUUUAUUCAUUUUUAGGUGUAUUAUGCAUUUGAACAAGGAAGUGUAUUUUAGUUUAUAGUAGGGGAGUAAUGGCGAAACGGGACGGUAAAAGAACCGUGAAAACGGAAAAUGGGAAGAAGAGUUUAAAGACACAGAUUAAUGAUGGAAAACAGCAGGGGAUGAAGACGUCAAGAGAGAGGAAAAAAGAUUUGGACGAGGUUUCGGUUGUUUGUUCGGUUUGUGAGGGUUUGGGAGAAUUGAAGUUUUGUGAUCAGUGCAAGAAAGGGUUUCAUUUGAGCUGCUUGGGAUCACAGGAGGUGCAUGGAAUCGAUCCCUGGCAAUGCCACAGUUGUCUCCAAAAUAAGGUGUGCUGCUUUGACUGCAAGGAAUAUGGUCCUCUGACAGGUGGAACAGUAAGAUGUUCGUAUAAGAACUGUCAAAAUUACUAUCAUGAAGGGUGUGCUAGGAAAUGGGAAGCAUCAAGAGGAGCGUACUCAAACAUAACAAGGAGAGGUUAUAUAUGCCCACAUCAUUUUUGCCAUUCAUGCCGCCGAGGUAACAACUGGGGUGCAUGGAAGCUUAUCCGGUGUCUGCGCUGUCCAGUAGCUUAUCAUAUAAAAUGUCUUCCAGAGUCUGCAGAUCAGCUUGAGAACCUAUCUGGUUUCAUGCUAUGCCGGAGCCACGAUAGAGGCCAAGAUGCAGGGCAGAAAAAGAGUCCAAAAAAUAUAUUUAUGCAGUUGUCUGUGCCUGAGACUCCUGUUGAUUUUGAUCUUCCAGAUUCCUUGAAGAAGUGGAAGCCACUUUCAUAUACAUACAUUAAGCGCAAUAUGUAUUUGACUAAGAGAAAGCGUGUAGAUGAUGAUGGUAUGCAGUGCUCUUGUAGGUCAUCAUCCUUGGGCGCAGAAAAAAUCUGUGAUAAAGAUUGUCUUUGUGCGAUGCUAAAUUUUAGCUGUUCCUCAAGCUGUGGUUGUGGAGAAUUCUGUGUCAAUAAACCAUUCCAACAAAGGACGGUAAAAAAUUUGAAACUGUCAAAGACUGAGAAAUGUGGCUGGGGAGUGAAGGCUGGUGAAGAUAUUAAGGCAGGGGAAUUCUUAAUAGAGUAUGUUGGAGAAGUUAUUGAUGACAAAACUUGUGAAGAAAGACUAUGGAAGAUGAAGGAGCGGGGUGAAACCAAUUUUUACUUGUGUGAGAUUAGUCGUGAAAUGGUCAUUGAUGCAACACACAAAGCAAACAAGUCACGAUAUAUCAAUCAUAGUUGCCAGCCUAAUACUGAGCUUCAGAAAUGGCAGAAUGAUGGUGAGACGAGAAUUGGGGUGUUUGCUAAGACUGAUAUAAUGAAAGGGGAAUUUGUCACAUAUGAUUAUCAGUUUAUUCAAUUUGGCACCGAUCAGCAAUGUUACUGUGGUGCAGCCGAUUGUAGACGUAUUCUGGGAGCAAAACCUAGCAGACAGAAGUUGUCAUCGGAUGCGGCAAUGAAAAUUGUGGCCCAGGAAGUUAUUGUUCCAAGAUCCUCGAAGAAUUCACAUCUAUGCAACGAUUAUGGUGUUAAAGAGACUUCAAAUGGAGCUUCCACCAGAGACCUUUUAUUGAUCUCUGGUGAUCAUAAUGGGAAGAUACUUGUGCCCAGUUGUAUUGGUACACGUGUGCGUGUAUGGUGGCCUCUUGACAAAAGCUUUUAUCCUGGAAGAAUCAUAAAUUAUAUUCCAGCUACUCAGGAGCACACUAUUUUGUAUGAUGAUGGUGAGAAAGAAACACUUAUAAUGUCGAAUGAGAAAUGGGAAUUGGACCUCACCAUUCCUUCAAUUCAGACAAAAGGGCUGGAUACUAAUGAAUUUGUAGAUUCAUUUGCCGAAAAUAUCAGCAAUGAGGAGAAUUAAGAUGCAAAUGCAGAGUGAGUUUUUCAACUUAAAGCCUAGGGUGCUUGGCCAUGCAGGCAAAAUUCAAAACCAACAUUGUUUUUACUGGUAGUCUUUAUAUUUCCCUGCACAAUUUGAAUUUCAACAUGCCCUAUGCGUCUUUGAAUAAGCUGUACCAGUGAGGCUGUAUUAGAAUCAAGUAUUAAAUCUGUGCUUGGAUGAUCCCCAACAAUAGAAAAAUCACAGGGUGAUCCAGGAAACUCAUGAUUGUGUCAGGGACAGCUGAAAUGUGAUCGUUACUUGUGUUCUUUGUGAUUCAUUGUUUCUAAAGAUCAAGUAAACUAUUGUCCUAGAUAUGGAACUAUCUGGUGCAAGCCUUACAAAGUUGUGGAAAGAGCAUUCUGAAUUCUAUUCAACAUUUGUCCUUCGGAAAUACAACGUAGGAACAGAUGUGUACAUUUAGAUAUCAUUUUUUAACCUGCGAGAGAAGAGAACUUUUUUGUUUGGCAGGAAUGCUAAGUGCAUUCCUUGUACAAGUAGAUGCUUCAAUGUUACAUUAUUUUAUAUUCCUGGUGCCUGUUGUAUUUGGGUUGACUUCAGGUACAUGGAAAUACCAAACAAGCGACUAGCUAUCAGACGAUAUUUGGUCUGUAAUGACUAAAAAUAAUGAAGGCAAAACUGCAAUUAUUGAUGUCUUUUGAGUAACAAUUAGAUGUUUUGUAUGAAGGCAGUCUACCAUGUUUAUGUGAAAAUAAUAAGAGCAAAAAUACCAAUUUUAAUGACAA